UCUUGUUUAAACAGGCAUGCCUCCUCCUUCUCUUUCACAGCCAUGGAAGAAUGGAACAUGCUUGGCGCUGAUUGCGUGGUCAUAUCAUGCUGCUGCCAGUGCUUGCUGCUGCAAAUUCUUGUCUUUCUGAUGCUGAAGCUUCCCUGGAAGCUGAUCAGGAAAACAAGGGAAUAUGCUAAGAAAAAGCUUCGUCAAAGGAAGGGAAACGAUGAUAAGAUGAAGAUAGAAUCGGGUUGUUAUGAAGAUGUUCUUGUGAGAAUUGAUCAUGAAGGAGAGAUGGCAGUGAGAGAUGGUGAAGGAUUCGAUUGUGGUGGUUGCAUGGAUGAAGUUGAAAAGAUGAUGGAGGAGUUAUAUCAAAAGGGAGAGUUUGGAUUUGGGAGCUUCUGGGGUAGGGAAGAACCAUGUGGAAAACAUUACAAUCAUCCUAAUCUUGUAAGAUAUCAAGUUAUUGAUUUCGUUGGUUAAGAUAUCAAGUUAUUAAAUUUUUCAUGAAAAUGGUAAAGUUUAUAAUAAGAUAAUAUUUUAUA